AUGGAUAAAGUUAUUUUGUACAUGGUUUUUAUUUGCGUUACAAACGCCCGUGGCAUCAGCAUCCAAAAACAGCUGGAUCACAUAAUAAGCACCAGACGAGAGAACCUCGGCCGCGUUUCGACUUCUAAGGUGCUUCCAUCUAGAAGGUCGAUGGAAUACAAUGCUAUACUGGGCGCGCCAUCUUUAGCCAGCCACCUGCCAGAAGCGGAGUCCAUCCUCCCUGGGCACACCUUGCUCAGACCAGCGCUUGGAAUGUUAAAGUCUUCCAUAAAGUUCCCUCACAAACACUUAAAUGACGGCGCCGGAGUGUACGGCAAUUACGAAAAUAUAGGAAUCAGAUAUGAUGGGAGACAAAAGAGAGUGUUAUAUUCAGGAUUCCGUAGAGCGCUCUCAGACUACCUAAUGGUUGUACCUGUCUAUUCAAAUUCUAAAAAACCUGAGUUCGUUGUGACGUCGGCGGUUUUGGAUCUAGAUAAAGAACACAGCACAAAACACAAAAUUAUGCAGUUAUAUAAAUCACUGAAAUCAACUGACAAUAACAAAAAGAAGCGGAAGAAGAUAAUUCAGAAGCCGAGCUAUCUAAACAUGAUGGAGCAGCUAGCCAAAUCGAAUACACGUAAAUAUAAGGAAAAUAAGAAACCAAUUCUAAGGACAUUACCUGAAAUAAACAAUAGUGAUGGAGAAGAGGGCUAUUUUUCAGAUAACAAUUAUAAAAACAGCGCUGAAAAGAGACGGCCAAAUGAAAAGCAUCCUAAAAAUUCUGAAGAAAAUAUGGAAAAACCUGAUAAGACUACAAUGUUAUGGCAAACAAAGAAUGCAUUCAAUCACGUAAAGAUUAGCCCUGAUGCACUUAACCACGAGGACCUCCUACCAGCAAAAUUCAAGCAGUUAAAACACCUUGAUGAUGACAUAAGAAAUUGGUGGUUUUUCCAUCAGGAUGACUAUGAACCAUUCACGGAUGAAAAGGACCGAUGAAGUCAAAAUGAGAAAAAUAUAGUUUUUUCUAAUAAAGUUUAUUCAAG